ACUGUUUUUACAAAUUUCACAAGUCGUAUCUACUAUCUCAUAUUUAAACAACGGCGUGGAGAAUUGGAGUGAAACGUAUGCAGUCUCGCCAGCAGUGCUUCUUCUGCGGCGCUUUGCGUAGUGUACACUUUUACAGUUAUAAUUAUUUGUGUGUGCGUGUAGGCUUUGUUGUCUAGGUUUGUUUGUCCCAAUGAACGAAACCCUCCCGAUAUCAGCAGGAAGAGCCAGCUUGUGCUAUCAGUACUGCCUUACAUGGGCAACUUUCAGAGCUUGGGUGUCUCUGCCGGCUGGAAUUCACAGCUCGUGACGUCACUGCCUGCGGCUCUCCCAGAUUUUUUGGGGGAAAAAGAAGUUUCACUUUUUGUUGGGAUUUGAAACUCAUUGAUUCUUAGAAAGCGAGAGUUUAAUCUGCUGUUGGAGAGCUGACCUAUUCUUUUCAAACUUAGGUUUCCGGACGUGAUUCAGCCCACCCCCCCGUGGUCACAUGAUCCCAAUUCUUCGGUGUAGCGCCAAUCCAUCAUUGCAGGAGAGAAGAGGUUAAUGUGCAAACGCAACAACGACCACCUUGAAUAUUUAAAGGAGCACCUUUCCAGACAAGGGCCGCUGCCAAGGAGCAAAUGUAUUACUUUGCAUGUUCUUCAGUAAAACAACCCAGGUAUAAAUCAUGUCUCACCCAUCAUGGAAUCCAUCAAACACUGGAGGUGAAAACUUUGGUCAGGUGACUGCGAGGAUGGAGACCACGCCCUCCUUCGGGAUCCCCAGUAUCUCUAUGUCUCAGCAGCAAGAGCCCAAGAAGUUUGCACCUGUCGUUGCGCCAAAGCCAAAGUUCAACCCGUAUAAGCAGCUGGAGGAUACUGGGUACACUGAAGCUGAAGGGGACUUCCUGCCACCUCCCCCCCCAAUGGAGGAUCUGGACAAUCUACCCUCACCCCCCGGGACCUUCCCACUCCCACCCCCCCCUCCGGACGGAGCACUCUUCAAUGUGCAGGUCAGGACCCCUGAGAAGUCACUGCAGGAAAGGCGCUCGAGUCUGGAUGCUGAAAUUGAUUCGCUCACCAGCAUUCUUGCUGACCUGGAGAACAGCUCACCCUACAAGCCCAGACCACAGCAGAACUACGGAGGAACCUUAUCAAACACCUCAACAUUAUCCACUCCCGUCACUGGACACAAGCGCAUGGUGAUCCCGACCCAGCCGCCCCUGACGGCCACCAAGAAAUCUGCCGCCAAGCCCCAGCCUGCUGCUGCAGGUGUUCCUGCUGCUGCUGCUCCUGCUGCUGGCAUCGCGGUGACCAAACCACAGUCCAUGCCUCAGCCGGUCCCUGCCUCCUACACCACAGCCUCCACUCCCACCCGUCCGACCUUCAACGUGCAGGUGAAGAGCGCCCAGCCCAGUCCUCAUCACAUGCCCCCGGGGCCGCAGGGCUUAUCCCCGGCCUACAACCAGCAAUAUCCCCAACAACCAUCUCGAUCCCCCGGCCCGGUCCAAUACAUGCCUGCCCAGCCCCGCAGUCCUGAUUUUGCGUAUGGCCCCCCGCAGCCAACACGCCAGCCCGAACCCAUGACCAGCCACGCUCCUCCUCCUCCAAGGGCUUGCUAUGAGCCCCAGUACCCUGGAGGAGCUGGUCAAGGCGUUGCAUACGGAGCUCAGAACACCUGGAGACCCGAGCCAGCUUAUCCCACAUCUGCCACCACUGGCCCAGGAUAUCAGCCUCCAGGGCCCAGGAAGACAUACAUCACCGACCCGCCACAAGCCAUGGCCCCAACACCCAUGGCACAGUAUGGCGCUCCCCCAGGGAUGCAGCCGAAGGGUGGUUCCAUGCCCCCCAUGCCUCCCGGCCCUGUUCCCAGCCACGCAGCAGCAGCCCGACCUGAGGACGAACUCGAACGCCUCACCAAGAAGAUGCUGUACGACAUGGAGCACCCUCCCUCCGAGGAGUACUUUGGUCGCUGCUCGCGCUGCUCGGAGAAUGUGGUGGGUGAAGGCAGCGGCUGCACCGCCAUGGACCAGGUCUUCCACGUGGAGUGCUUCACCUGCGUGACCUGCAGCCGCAAGCUCCGAGGACAGCCUUUCUAUGCCGUGGAGAAGAAGGCUUACUGUGAGCCCUGCUACACCAACACUCUGGAGCAGUGCAACGUCUGCAAGACGCCCAUCAUGGAGCGCAUUCUACGAGCCACGGGCAAGGCCUACCACCCCCACUGCUUCACCUGCGUGGAGUGCCACCGCAGUCUGGACGGCAUCCCCUUCACCGUGGAUGCAGGGAACCACAUCCACUGCAUCGAGGACUUCCACAAGAAGUUUGCUCCGCGCUGCUCUGUGUGUAAGGAGCCUAUCAUGCCGGCCACUGGUCAGGAGGAGACUGUCCGCAUCGUGGCGCUGGACCGUGACUUCCAUGUGCAGUGUUACCGCUGUGAGGACUGUGGAUCUCUGCUUUCAGAGGGGGACAAUCAAGGCUGCUAUCCGCUGGACGGACACAUCCUCUGCAAAACCUGCAACACCGAGCGCAUUCAAACACUGACCGCGAAGGCCAGCACAGACCUCUGAGGGACCACACCUUACCGAUAGAAAGAAAGAAGGAUCAAACUCACACAAAAACACACAGUAUAAACAACACAGAUAUGUAUACACGCAAUCACAUAUUUUAUUGUAACUCACAUUCAUGUAAAAUGUCAGCCCUUUCCGGUCCAGGUUUUAAAUAAAAAAAGAGACUUUUGUAGGGUGUGUUUCUGACAUCAGACAUGGUCAAGCAGCGAGUCUGGAUUGCAAUUCAAAAGCACCUGCUGUAUACUAACCUUCCAUGCAAUUGGGUCAUGAAUUUGGAGGGACUCAAACUGCAGGACAAAAGAAAAUAAGAGCUUUUUUGUUCAAAGUCCUAAGUUUCUGAGACAAAUGAGUUUUAAAGUUGCUGAGGAGUUAACUUCUCUCUUUCAUUUGCACAGGUAAUGGUGCUUAUGCUUGUGAGUGCUUAGCACAAAUCGCUUUCUCAUAGCUGGGUUUGAACCAACACCUUUCUAUACUGAAGCCCAGAGCUCAAACCAACUGGCGUUUUGCAUGCCACGUUCCAUUCGCUGAUUCCUUCAAACAGCUUGUCAGAGAAAUUAAAUGACAGAACUGUAGUUCCUGCUGUCUGGGUUGCGUGUUUGCGUGUCCAGUGACACAGCUGCAUGCUUGCUGUACAUGCUCUUCAGUGUCAGAAGCACACCAGUUCCAUGCUGUGACUCCUCGUGCCUUUCAGGUUAGUUGUGCAGAGAGCAUGCACUGCACCACACAGUGUCGCAAAUGGACCAUGUGUGCCUUUAUAAUUUAAAUGUAUUAUGACUUGGAAAGGGUUCAACAAAAAAUAAUAUAGUAAAAUCACACCACACAAACACACACAUACACACACACAUAUAUACUGUAUAUUAAUCACUGAGAACCUGGAAUUAACUACAGUGACUCGUGUUGGUCAACCAAUGCAAAUAUGCAAAGCUCCUUCCAUAGGACAAUUGCACAGUACACCCUUGGCCAGCUGUGCUAUUUGGUGCUUUGUGAUAUCAAAGACAACUCCGUUUUAAACUGGGCUAGUAAAUAGCCACCGAUAUACAGUGUGAAAGCAUGUUUACUCCAGUAAUGUUAAAUCAUGACUGAUGUUGGUCAGGACAAAGUGGAGAGCCUGACCUGCAGGUAGCCGUUGUGGGUUUUUUUUUUUUUUUUGUGGAUUUUGGACCUAGUUUAUUCCAAGUUCUUCUUUUUUUAUUGUUAAAAUUAUUUAGCUAUAUGUGCAUAGUAAACAGCAACAAGAACAAUAAUGUAUCUAUAGCCGUGUCGAAAGAUAUAGCUCAUUUCACCAAAGAUUGUACUUGAAAAUGUAAAACAAAAUCUCUCUCUCUCUCUCUCUCUCUCUCUCUCUCUCUCUCUCUCUCUCUCUCUCUCUCUCUCUCUCUAUAUAUAUAUAUAUAUAUAUAUAUAUAUAUAUAUAUAUAUAUAGAAUCGAUAUGCAUUUACAAUCAUUUGCAUUGACACUUUAUUUAAGAGCUAUGCAUGUUACUUCGCUAUAACUGUAAUGUUUAUACCGCACGGGUGAAAGCACAAUAAGCAAAAAACAAAGGGUUGUGUUUUAACAGGUGCAGCUGUUAACAUUAUCCAGAUCCUUUUACAUCCUUGAGGAAAUCCUCCAUUAAAGGCAACAGAGAAAAUCAAGCUAUUGAAUGCAAAUCACAGAUACAUGUUUAUCCUCCUGUAUCAAGUCUUCUGCCAGAUGACAUCUAAAACCGUGUUCACGUGUUUGAUUGCAAUCCAGAACGUGAGAUCUGGGUAUGUUGUCAAUGGGAUGGUAUGGUCCAGCUGCACAGCGUUAACAGCAGCAUGCUCUCGCUUAUUAUUGAUACAAGCAAACAAACUGGUAUAAACACCAUAUAUCAUGUUAUAUUAUUAUAUACUAUUUUCUAUCUAACUUUGUUUCUAUAGACUUUUUAAAAACUUUUUAAAAACUUUUUUAUAGCCUUUUUUUUUUUUAAAGUCUCAAUUAAGAAUAUUAUAUAAACUGUGAUCUUCCUGCCAGAUUAUAAAUUGUCCUGAACACUGUCAGAAUAAUAGCGAGUGAUUGCUCCCCACUAAGUGUUUACAAUCAAGUUGAGGAGGGAAUCAUUCACAAUGCAAUUUGCUGUAAUCAGCUGGACCCUGACAAUGAAAGAUUGGCCUGCUGUAAUGGUACUGUGUUGCAGCAAACUGUGGUAAAGUUGCUGAAUCACCUGUUUGUUUUUUCUCUAUUUUAGUUUUAAAGAUUUUGAUGGAA